AUGCCGUUUCUUCAAGCUAGAAGCCACCGUCUGUACUAUGCCGAUUCGCACCCCGAAGGCUCACCUCCAGACCUAACCUUCAUCUUCAUCCACGGCCUUGGAUCCUCGCAGAACUACUACUUCCCCGUUCUCCCCCAUCUCACCAACCAUCAUCGGUGCAUCACGAUCGAUACCUAUGGCGCCGGUCGCUCCCCUUAUACCGAUGAGACGGUGUCAAUCCCCAGCAUCGCAGAUGAUGUCAUCGGCGCUCUGGACACUCUGAAAGUCCCCAAGGCCAUCGUCGUCGGCCACUCAAUGGGCGGACUGGCCGCCUUAGACCUAGGCGCGCGAUACCCGGAUCGUGUCUCCGGCGUCGUGGCAAUUGGACCAGUUCACCCGUCCGAGACGCUCGUCAACGUUAUGAGCAAGAGAGCAGACACCGUGUUGGAAUCAUUAGCCGGGAUGGAACCAAUGGCCAAUACGAUUCCUUUCGCCGCCGUCGGAUCCCGCAGUACCGAGCUUCAGAAGGCCUUCAUUCGGGAACUCGUGCUUGGUCAAGAUCCUAAGGGCUACGCGGCGCUGUGUCGGGCGAUUGCGUCUGCGCAGCCGGCGGAUUACGCGGCUGUCCAGGCGCCGUUUUUGCUGAUUGCUGGAGGGGAGGACAAGUCUGCUCCUCUGGAGGGCUGUCGGCAUAUCUUUGAUCAAGUGUCGAGUCAGAAGAAGACUCUUGAGGUAUUGAAGAACGUGGGGCAUUGGCAUUGUAUCGAGGCUGCUGAUGAGGUUGGGGAAUUGCUUGCGAAAUUUGCGGGGACGCUCUAG